UCAAUAUUAUCCUUCAAACUUCGUUACAAUAUGAAAAACAAGCAAGAAAGAAGACGUUAUCACGGAAAUCAAAAGGAGAAGAAGUUAUCACAAUAUGGGUCAAGCCCUCAAUACCGCAAAAGGGAGAGGAGAAGUAGACGGGAAAGACUUGGAAGCUAUGGCAGAAAAUUGCUACCGCAAACGCCUUGAAGAAAAAAAUGACGAUCAAGAAUGGUCUUUCGGCGACUUCUACCGCAUUGUGGCUGAAGCUGUCGAAGAAAUUAAUAGAAGACUUGGUGGUACCCAACUUAAGGUGCCAAGUGUUGAGAAAUUACAAGAAGCUUAUGAGAGACAUAAUCUCGGAGAAGGGAAGAAGCUAUCGAAGGACGAGUUCCAGAAGCUUCUUCAAGAGGUUUUGAUCGGAGCUGGGUUCACUGGCGUCGGAGGAGUAAAAGAGUUUCUACUCUUCAUCUUCGGAGUUCCUGCCUUCGCCGUCUUCCUCAAGAACCGCAUAGCUCCGACGUCCAUUCCCAACGACUUGUUCAUCCCCGCCGUCACCUCCGCCACCGUAUUCCUCCUCGCCAAGCUCAACAAGAUAUGACUCUUAUCUGUUUGAUCUUUUCGAGCUUUGCUUUGUUUUCGAAAUUUGUAUUGGGGUUUGAUUAUGCUUGUCUGUGAAUUACAUUGGAAAAAAGGAUAAACGAGAGCUGAAAGUCUCACUCUUCGAAUUCGUUUGCUAUAUUCAUGAAAUGAACCUAAGUUGUUCGACAGAAUGCGUCAAUGACUUUGAGUUAACUCUGUUUCUGACUGUUGAAAAAAUUCGAUUGGAGUGUACUUAUUCGUCUAAAUUGGUAAACUUUUAAAAAUAUUCUUCAUUUUAUAUUUCUAAGAAAGAUGUAUUUGCAUGAGAGGGAAGCAAUGAGAUGCUAAAUAUAGAUAAUUUGAGGGUCUUGCUUGUUUCUCUAAAUUUCAAGGCUUUCAUUGGUUUGAGGAUAAUGAACGAGUCCUUGUUUGAAUAAUGACAAAAUUAGUUUGAAAAACUGAUAAGAAAAGAUGAAAUCUCGGAGACAUUUUUUCCCUUUUAACUCUUUUCUGGCCAUUAGUAUUCUUCUCUUUUUCUUUGUUUGGUUUGGAACAUGGUCCACAGCAACAUUCAAUCCAAACAAUGCUGUAAUCUGAAAGGAAAAGUAAGAUCUUUGCCACCGACUCAAUUACAUUGAGAUGACAGAGGCAAAACGAAAAUUGACCAGUGACACAUAUCUUUGUUGAUUUCUUGGGUGUUAGUACAUCUUUAGGAUGGUUUUAUACAUGUUUUACGAGGGCAUGUUUCUAGGUUCUAAUAACACACAGUUUUCUUAGAUAGAAAUUUUUGUUUAGUUUAAUACAAUGAGCAAGGAUCAAAGCUAUGUUCUCAAAGCAUGGGAGGUGACCGUGCGAAAGACCCAACAAGCCAAGAAGCGGGCAAAUAGCGUUUUUGGAACAGUGUCUGUAGCUCCACAUACGGAUAACGAUACUACAACUGAUGACAAUGACGACGAGACCACCACUAACAGGAGCAACUCAGAGGAAGUUUACCACGCGGAGAGAGUACUUCCCAAUGGGGACUACUACACAGGGAAAUGGUAUGAUAGCUUUCCUCACGGGCAUGGCAAAUACCUCUGGACAGAUGGCUGCAUGUACAUUGGUGAUUGGUACAAUGGAAAAACCAUGGGGAACGGGAAGUUCGGGUGGCCAUCUGGUGCCACGUACGAAGGAGAGUUUAAAAGUGGUUACAUGGAUGGUAUUGGCACAUACACGGGUCCGAGUGGAGAUGCGUAUAAAGGUCAGUGGGUGAUGAACUUAAAGCAUGGCCAUGGCGUUAAGAGUUUCGCAAAUGGAGAUGCCUAUGAUGGUGAAUGGAGGAGAGGUUCGCAAGAAGGUCAGGGGAAGUAUCAAUGGACCGACGGGUGCCAUUACAUUGGCGAAUGGAAGAACGGUACGAUCUAUGGCAAAGGGACUUUUGUAUGGACAAAUGGGAAUAGAUACGACGGGUUUUGGGAUGAUGGGCUCCCUAGAGGGAAUGGGACGUUCAAAUGGGAUGAUGGGAGUUUCUACGUUGGGAAUUGGUCUAAAGAUCCAGAGGAGAUGAAUGGUACUUAUUAUCCGUCAGGAAACGAAGGAAAUCUUGAAUGGGAUCCUAAAGAUUUGUUCAAUAAUCUGAGUGAGUACAAGAUCUGCAGUGGAGAGAGGGUUCCUAUGUUGCCUUCACAGAAGAAACUAACUGUUUGGAACUCUUCCAAGCGUAUAGAGAAGCCUAGGAGGUUGUCAGUUGAUGGGAGGGUGAGUGUUGGUGUGGAUAGAGCAUUUGAGAAGAUGAAUAUGUGGGGGACCGAAAUCGGUGAAGGAGGCACCGAUAUGAGGAAGGAGUUGGAUGCAGAGCUGAUGAGAUUGGACGCUGAAGGCAUUCAGUGCCUGAAGUCGAGUCCUGUGCCUAUGAAACUGCCAAAGUCAGGGAGGAAACAAGGGGAGACUAUAUCCAAAGGCCAUCGCAACUACGAGCUUAUGCUUAAUCUACAGCUAGGAAUCAGGCAUUCUGUUGGAAGACAAGCUCCAGUGGCAUCUCUUGAUCUGAAGCCUUCAGCGUUUGAUCCAAAAGAUAAGAUAUGGAGAAGGUUUCCGCGCGAAGGAUCCAAGUACACACCUCCACAUCAAUCCACUGAAUUCAAAUGGAAAGAUUAUUGCCCACUGGUUUUCAGGAGCUUGAGGAAGCUAUUCAAAGUAGACCCAGCUGAUUAUAUGUUAUCCAUCUGUGGGAAUGAUGCACUUCGAGAACUAUCAUCCCCUGGUAAAAGUGGAAGCUUCUUUUACUUGACAAACGAUGAUCGUUACAUGAUAAAAACAAUGAAGAAGGCGGAAACAAAAGUGCUUCUAAGGAUGCUUGCAGCAUAUUACAACCAUGUUCGAGCAUUUGAGAACUCUUUGGUAAUCAGAUUCUUUGGUCUACACUGUGUGAAAUUGAAUGGACCAACCCAAAAGAAGGUCCGGUUCGUCAUAAUGGGUAAUCUAUUUUGUUCCAAGUACUCUGUUCACAGACGCUUUGAUCUGAAAGGAUCUUCUCUUGGCCGCACCACCGACAAGCCUGAAUCAGAAAUCGAUUCAAACACGAUCUUGAAAGACCUCGACCUGAAUUUCAUCUUCAGGUUGCAGAAAGCAUGGUACCAAGAAUUCAUCAGGCAAAUCGAUAAAGAUUGCGAGUUUCUAGAACAGGAGAGAAUCAUGGAUUACAGUCUUUUGGUUGGGAUUCACUUCAGAGAAGCUUCAGUCGCUGGAGAGCUGAUUCCUUCUGGAGCAAGAACACCUAUUGGUGAAUCAGAAGACGAAACAGGCCAUCGUCUCUCUAGAGCAGAGGUUGAUGAGCUUCUUUCAGAUCCUUCAAGGUGGGCUAGUAUCAGAUUGGGAACCAACAUGCCGGCGCGAGCAGAGAGAACGAUGAGGAAAAAUGACUGUGAGUUUCAGCUUGUGGGAGAACCCACAGGAGAGUUCUACGAAGUGGUGAUGAUAUUUGGCAUUAUUGACAUUCUUCAGGAUUAUGAUAUCAGCAAAAAGCUUGAACACGCUUACAAGAGCAUACAGUAUGAUCCUUCCUCUAUAUCUGCGGUUGAUCCAAGACAAUACUCGAGGCGUUUCCGUGACUUUAUCUUCAAGGUCUUCACAGAUGACAGUUGAGAGAGCGUUUCUGUUGUCUUUGAGCUUUUUUUUGUUUUGUUUGUUUGUUUGAAGUUAUUAUAGAUCUUUCUAAUUUUGUAUUAUUACACUUUGUAAUCAAUUCAAAACUAUAUAUAGCAAUGGAUAUUCUCAUUAAA